CAACACCCACCCCCACCUCAAUCAGCUCAGCGCUUAUAUUUGUGUCUUCCUCUAUUAAUCAUCACACACAAAUGCAUUAGCUACAAUAUAUUCAUUUGGUCCUUCCUCUCUAUAAACCUCUUCUUCUUUUUUUAGCUUCAUUUCUUUAAUUCAAUGGCACUUCUUUCAUACCUUCUAGCAACCAUAUGCUUCAUUUCUAUGCUACAAUCCCAUUUAGGAGUAGUGGGUUCUAAGGAGGGCCGCCGCCGCCGCCAUGCCGACCAUAAACAUCCGUCGCUCCCCGCGGCCAAAAACCUGAGCACCUCUUCUUGCUCCCUGUUUGAGGGCAGCUGGGUUGUUGACCAAACCUACCCAUUGUACCAAUCCUCUGAUUGCCAGGCCAUAAUCGACCAAGAGUUCAACUGCCAAAUGUACGGCCGGCCGGACUCCGGGUACCUCCAUUACCGGUGGAAACCUUCCGGUUGUGACGUUCCCAGGUUCAAUGGGCUGGUGUUUUUGGAGAAAAUGAGAGGGAAGACGGUGAUGUUUGUGGGUGAUUCUCUGGGCCUGAAUCAGUGGCAGUCUCUGAUUUGCAUGGUCUCAGCUUUCGUUCCAAGAACACAUACUCAGAUGAUUCAUGGCGGACCUCUAUCAUCUUUCAUAUUCUUGGAGUAUGGAGUGACAUUGUCAUUUUACAGAGCACCAUACCUGGUGGACAUAGAAUCAGUGGAGGGGAAAAACAUACUGAAACUAGAUGACAUAAGCAAGAAUGGGGAUAGUUGGAAGAAUGUGGAUGUCCUUUCUUUUAACACUGGGCAUUGGUGGGCCCACCAAGGGUCCCUGCAAGGGUGGGACUACAUGGGAUUAGGAGGGUUAUUGUAUGAGGAUAUGGAUCGGUUGGCUGCUCUUCAAAAAGGUCUGGAAACGUGGGCCAGUUGGGCCGACUCCAACCUUGAUAGGACCAGAACCAGGCUGUUUUUUCAAGGAAUCUCACCUACCCACUAUAACCCUCAUGAAUGGAGUUCGGAGACGGUGACGUUGUCAAAGAGCUGUUACGGUGAGACAUCCCCGACGUUAAACGGUGGGGCGUACCCCGGGACGUACCCUGAACAAAUGAAGGUGAUCCAAGCAGUGCUAGGGAAGAUGAGCAAUCCUCCUUCCCUUCUUAACAUAACACUUCUAUCAGCUAUGAGGAAAGAUGCGCAUCCUUCCAUAUACAGUGGAGAUCUCACUCCAGCCCAAAGGGCUAAUCCUAACCACUCAUCUGAUUGUAGCCAUUGGUGCCUCCCUGGCUUGCCUGAUACUUGGAAUCAGUUGUUUUAUACAGGGCUUUUCUUCUAAAGAAAAUAUUGUUCCACUCAUACUUCCAUUUUUUUAUUUAUAUAUAUAUGAUUUGUAAUUCAUCAGUGUUAGUGCCCAAUGUUUAUUACAAAAAUCCACAAAUUAUAUUGGUUAAUGUUUUAGAUUAGUCAUAAAUUGUUUAGCCUUUUAUUAGGCGCCUUCUUAAGCGCCCUCUGAUUGGUUACAAAGAAAUACUAGUCUUGAUAAAAAUAUUUAUUUCAUCUAGCUAUUAACUCAGGUUUGUGGAAUACCAUAUGAUGAUAUGAUCUACUUGGUCCAUCCCUAAUUAAACAUGGGCCAUCUUGGAGUGGAACUGUGGAAGUGCACCAUUUCAUUGAGGGAAUUUUUCACAAGUAAACUAAAAAGUGAAAAUAAUAUCAAUUUUUUCACUUUUCAAAACAUCUUUCAAAAAUAGACUAACUACUACCCCGUUCUUAAAUAAAUGCAACACUUUGACUUUUACACUAUUUACAUGUUCUACUUAGACUAUGUUUUAUUUAUUAAUGUAAUAAUAUUAUUUUAUGAAAAAAAUAUUGUUAAACUUGUCUCAUUGUAAAUUUUCAUAAUCUAAUUUUUUUACUAAUAUAAAAUCAUUUAUAUUAAUGGUCAAAGUUGUGUCUCGCCCAGUGUGAAAUGUUGACAAGAGAAGCAACUGCACUCUGGCUCAGUCGACUUUGGAGGCCUUCCUUCUGAAGCUUUAGGGACACUCUUUUCUUGGGAAAUCUACACUCAAGUGCACGUGAGCAACUCUAUAGUCUACACCCACAAUCUUUGUUAUUCCAAUACAAAUUCUAAGAAUCCCUUUCAAAAGAAAAUACAAACUCGAAGAAUUAAAGGAAAAUAGAAAAUAAAAAAAAUUAGUUAAACGUAAAAAGAAGAAAACAACUGGAAAACUUUCUAGAGAAAAAAACUAAUACUCCAAAUUUUCUACACAAUAAAAAAUUCAAAGUUGGGAGCUUGUAAAUUGAAUAUAAAAAAAUAAAAAAUGAGUUUAGAUUUUAAAUAUUAAAUCAGGAAAAUAUAAACAAAAGUACAAAAAAUUUGAAAUAUAAAAGUCGAGAUAAUUUUUUUUUUCAAAAAUAGUUUAGAAUGUGGGAGAUUUAAAAAAUACUUAGUGCGAUUAUUUCUAUAUACUCGGUAAUUUAUAUAUAUCAUUAUAAAAAUUCGAAAUUUUAUAAAUUUCUUAGUGAAAAGGAAAACGGAAAAGGAAAAUAUAUAAAUAUUAAGGAAAGAAAAUUUUCUGAAAACUUUAAAACGUGUAAUUUUAACAAAAGAAAUAUUAAACAAAAUUUAAAUUUAGAAAUAUAAAAAAUAAUUAGAUCUUUUUAAAAUAGUAAAAUUUUUAAAACUAAAAAUUUGGAGAAUCUUAAAAUGCCUCGAGACCUCCCGCUAGACACUGUAAUCUCACAGUUAAACUCCAAUACUAGAUUACAAUAUGAUAUUUUGAUUUUUGAGUUGGGAAUGACAAAAAGGAAUCAUCUACUGCUAUUUUGGGGUAUUUCCCACAACAAUUAACAGUAUCAAACACAAAAACAAAACAGACAAACAACACCCACCCCCACCUCAAUCAGCUCAGCGCUUAUAUUUGUGUCUUCCUCUAUUAAUCAUCACACACAAAUGCAUUAGCUACAAUAUAUUCAUUUGGUCCUUCCUCUCUAUAAACCUCUUCUUCUUUUUUUAGCUUCAUUUCUUUAAUUCAAUGGCACUUCUUUCAUACCUUCUAGCAACCAUAUGCUUCAUUUCUAUGCUACAAUCCCAUUUAGGAGUAGUGGGUUCUAAGGAGGGCCGCCGCCGCCGCCAUGCCGACCAUAAACAUCCGUCGCUCCCCGCGGCCAAAAACCUGAGCACCUCUUCUUGCUCCCUGUUUGAGGGCAGCUGGGUUGUUGACCAAACCUACCCAUUGUACCAAUCCUCUGAUUGCCAGGCCAUAAUCGACCAAGAGUUCAACUGCCAAAUGUACGGCCGGCCGGACUCCGGGUACCUCCAUUACCGGUGGAAACCUUCCGGUUGUGACGUUCCCAGGUUCAAUGGGCUGGUGUUUUUGGAGAAAAUGAGAGGGAAGACGGUGAUGUUUGUGGGUGAUUCUCUGGGCCUGAAUCAGUGGCAGUCUCUGAUUUGCAUGGUCUCAGCUUUCGUUCCAAGAACACAUACUCAGAUGAUUCAUGGCGGACCUCUAUCAUCUUUCAUAUUCUUGGAGUAUGGAGUGACAUUGUCAUUUUACAGAGCACCAUACCUGGUGGACAUAGAAUCAGUGGAGGGGAAAAACAUACUGAAACUAGAUGACAUAAGCAAGAAUGGGGAUAGUUGGAAGAAUGUGGAUGUCCUUUCUUUUAACACUGGGCAUUGGUGGGCCCACCAAGGGUCCCUGCAAGGGUGGGACUACAUGGGAUUAGGAGGGUUAUUGUAUGAGGAUAUGGAUCGGUUGGCUGCUCUUCAAAAAGGUCUGGAAACGUGGGCCAGUUGGGCCGACUCCAACCUUGAUAGGACCAGAACCAGGCUGUUUUUUCAAGGAAUCUCACCUACCCACUAUAACCCUCAUGAAUGGAGUUCGGAGACGGUGACGUUGUCAAAGAGCUGUUACGGUGAGACAUCCCCGACGUUAAACGGUGGGGCGUACCCCGGGACGUACCCUGAACAAAUGAAGGUGAUCCAAGCAGUGCUAGGGAAGAUGAGCAAUCCUCCUUCCCUUCUUAACAUAACACUUCUAUCAGCUAUGAGGAAAGAUGCGCAUCCUUCCAUAUACAGUGGAGAUCUCACUCCAGCCCAAAGGGCUAAUCCUAACCACUCAUCUGAUUGUAGCCAUUGGUGCCUCCCUGGCUUGCCUGAUACUUGGAAUCAGUUGUUUUAUACAGGGCUUUUCUUCUAAAGAAAAUAUUGUUCCACUCAUACUUCCAUUUUUUUAUUUAUAUAUAUAUGAUUUGUAAUUCAUCAGUGUUAGUGCCCAAUGUUUAUUACAAAAAUCCACAAAUUAUAUUGGUUAAUGUUUUAGAUUAGUCAUAAAUUGUUUAGCCUUUUAUUAGGCGCCUUCUUAAGCGCCCUCUGAUUGGUUACAAAGAAAUACUAGUCUUGAUAAAAAUAUUUAUUUCAUCUAGC